AGGAUCCGUAGAGCUGCCCUUACAGGGAUGGUAGCAUGGAAAGCUGCUUCUUCAAUCAUAGUUGUGAGCAGUACCACUGGACGUGUGCUGGUAAUGAGACGUGGUCCCACAGCCAAGUUCAUGCCUAAUGCUGUGGUCUUUCCCGGUGGCGUAGCGAUUACUGCGGACGAAAAAAUGGGCCCACCAACUAAAGUUGCAGCCUUGAGAGAGCUUUUCGAAGAGACUGGUCUACUUAUUGGUCAGAAUGAAUCAGCUUCAACAUCAAGUGAACUGCAAGACUUACAAUUGAAGACUAGGGAUAAUCCGAAGCUUUUCAAACUAGCUUGUCCUGAUCCACCAGUCAACGACUUGAUAGAGUGGAACACAUGGCUCACACCCUCGUCAUACAAACAACGUUUCAUGACAUCUUUUUUUCUUGUGCGGGUAAAUGGUGAGCCAGAUAUCAGGAUUUGCGAGAAAGAGAUGUCACAUUAUUCAUGGAGUGAUCCAAAGGAUUGCUUACUGAAGGGAUCAACAGGAGAAGUGAUCUUACCACCACCGCAAGUGUACGAACUGAGUAGAAUUGCUCAAACCCCUACCGAGAAACUGCAUCUGUUUGGAAAUACCACACAUAUUUUCUGUCCCCAAACAAUCACAUGGCCAGAUGGAAAGAAAAUUACGAAUGUGCUACCUGGAGAUCACUUGUACAUAGAAAAUGACUGCUUCAAACAACCGCCACGCAGUCUCACCGAAGACGAGGUCCGAGUUGACUUGCACAAAGCCACUCACCGACAAGAGUUUAAAUCUAAGCCCUUGUAUGCAUUGUGCCGGUUGUACAUGCAUAACUUACCGGAAAAGUACAGAACGGCUCUCCAUCAAUUUGAAGCAGACACCUCAAAGUUGUAACCCCACGACUACUGACGUGGGGCUACAACUUAUUGUAGUACACUUGUUCAGCUUAUAUGUUCAACGUUUCACUCAGUUUUCUUAUUCUCUAACUUACAUUUAAUUCUAUAAGGUUGUCUCAUAAGUUUUUUAUCUCAAAUUUGAUACUCAAAGCAAUAAGUUACAUAGUUCUUGAUAUAGUUCGAUAGAGCAAAUCAAGCUUUAUCAGAUGGCAUGUAAACGUUCGCAUCAAUUUCAAUACAGUACGAGUAAGAGACCGAAAUCUAAGGAGUUUCGUCAGGAAAAUUUGAAAACAUUUAUAUCCUCGUCCAGAGAGAACUUAC